AACCCCUUUGCAGGCUCGCCGGCCAGUGAACGACUCCAUGCAAGAGUAUGCGUACGAGUGUCCUCCUGCAUACUGAUAUAGCUUUCUGUUUUCGUGAUACAUUACUAUUUAAGUGGUUCCGUUAUCCGGAAACGUUACAGUCAUCAGCUUCGCGUGCGUAUCCUUUCCGCUCGGGCGGCUGCAACUUGGACCGGGGGUUGUGAAGUAGAUUACGAUAGUUGCGGCUAUAGAUAAUGACGGCGAGUGUUGUCGCUACAGUCUCUGCGGGUGGGGAAUUAGGCCCCGCGGGCCCUCCGGGCGAGGACACCGCCAUGAAAGGCGUUGAGGCCACACCAGAAGAACAGGAACGACUAGCUACUGGCAAUAACAAUGGAUCUCUUGACUGCAAGAUUCCGGCAACACAGCCGGUCCGGCCUCGCUCUGUUUUCCACUCGACACGAGUUUUCAUGCUCGUGUUUCUUUCCGGAUGGGUGCUUCAGGGCAUGUUUCUUACAUAUUUUGUAAGUGUGACUACAACUAUUGAGAAGUUGUUUAAAGUGGAAUCGAAGACUACUGGAGUGCUUUUAGCAGCAACAGAAAUCGGUCAAAUAUGUACAGCGCUGUUUCUCACUUAUCUGGCUGGGCGUGGACAUCGACCGCGUUGGAUUGCGUGCAUGAUGCUUGUGCUCGCGGUCGGCGUGAUAGGUUGUGUGGUGCCACAUAUGUUGUAUGGCACGAAAUUGCUCGAUGUGCAUUUGGAUGCUCAUAGAUCGGGUCCGGCGCCAGUCUGUUCGCACUAUGGGAAUGCCACUGACUGUGAUGCUGCUCAGUAUAAAAGUACAGAAACACGGUCCUCGAUAACGGCUGUCGUGAUUCCAUGGCUCUUUAUAUGUUUAUUGGUCGUCGGUGUGGGACAAACUGGAAUCGCUACGCUCGGCAUACCAUACGUCGAUGACAAUGUUGGAAGCAGACAAUCCCCGCUUUACAUGGCGAUUACCAUCGGAAUCAGAGUAAUUGGUCCAGCUUUGGGAUUUCUUCUCGGAGCGGUGUGCACAAGUGUGUAUGUGAAUCCACUAUACGACCCUGGUUACGAUUCCAAUGAUCCAAAAUGGGUCGGCGCUUGGUGGCUGGGUAUGGUGUUCAUCGCCAGCUUCAUAGUGUUGCUAUCAUCAUUCAUGUUCUGCUUCCCGCGGCAGAUCAAACAAGAACCACUGCCUCCACCGCCCAAGAAGAGCAAAGAGAAACGGGAACCAUUCUUUAAAGAUUUCUUCGCAACAAUCAAACGGCAACUGACCAACGACAUCCUGAUGUGGCGGACGGCGAGUUCCGUGCUGCAUCUAAUGCCCAUCAGCGGCGUGUACAGCUUCCUCCCCAAGUACCUGGAGAAGCAGUUCCGGCUGCCCACACACGACGCCAACCUUGUCUCGGGUUUGGGUGGUAUUCUUGUGAUGGGCGUGGGCAUCAUAACAUCCGGGGUGGUAAUCCUCAAGUUGGUACCGACUGCUCGUCAGGUCGCUGCGUGGACGGCGGCCACUGCGGCUAUUUACAGUGCUGGUAUGGUGCUACUGAUGUUUGUCAGCUGUCCCGAGGAGAAUUUUCGUUAUUUGGGCAACGGAGAUGCGAACGGCAACCUCAGCUGCAGCGUCGACUGCCACUGCGAGAAUGUCUCCUUCAGUCCGGUUUGUGGGCAGGACGCAUUUACGUACCUGUCGCCGUGCCAAGCGGGAUGUCUCAACAGUCAUCAACUGGACAAUAGCACGUGGUUGUACUCAAAUUGUUCGUGUAUAGACGCCGCCGGAAAUGGGGAGAAAGCUACGAAAACAUUGAAACAAUUCGAUGCGUGGAACAAAUCGGAGCUGUGGAACUUGCCCGUCGAGCGGUCGGUCGACUGGUCGCGCGAUCGGUUGGACGAGCGGUCGGGCGGGUGGGCGGUGAGCGGUGAAUGUGCGGGUCCGUGCGAUAAGAUCUACGUGUUCAUAGCGAUCUUCGCUGCGCUUAUGUUCGUUCACGCCAGCGGUGAAGUCGGUGCUGUACUCAUCAUUAUACGCUGCACGGAUAAAUUCGACAAAGCGAUGGCGAUGGGCGUGAUACAGUUCGCGAUCGGCGUGUUCGGUAACGUGCCGUGUCCGAUCGUGUUCGGAGCCGCCGUGGACGCGGCCUGCCGCCUGCGGGACGCCGCCUGCGGCCUCGUCGGGGCCUGCGCCUCCUACGACAACGACAGCCUCAGACACUUCUACCUAGGUCUAUCGGCGGGCCUGAUGUUCCUCGCCUUCAUAAUGGACAUGUUGGUGUGGAGUAAAGCGGGCCGCAUCGACAUGAACCCGGGGGAGACCCCGAGUUGCCCGCAGGCCGCGCUGGCCGCCCCCCCGUCGCUCGCACCCGACGCCGCCCCUCUGCGUCCAGACACACAGCUGUGAAUUAGUGAAAGAAAUCAUUCGGAGCCUAAACGAAGCAUGGAUGGAGUUUCUCCAGCUUCCCCAGCUUCCCCCACCCGCACAUUGACGAAGGUAUAAGGUAUAACACAAUAAUACGUAAAAAAUCAGGUUAAAUUAAAUUUAUUUUACGUGCGAGGUUUUUUCGAAUAAGAUGACUGUUAAAGUAUAAAUUCAUAAACGAAACUAUUUUCCGAUCUAAUCCAAUGACUUUAAUAUAUGGAUUGACAUUUUAAAACUUGCAUAUAUUCCAUACAGAACUAGUAUAUCGAGAAAUUCAAUUGUUAUUGAGGUAUAUAGUGGGCCGGCAGCUAAAUAUGUUAUAAUAUUGAGUAUAUGCAUGAGCUCGGUGCGAUUUUGACGUAAUUUUGAGGUUCCUAUAAACUCCACAAUAUGUAUUUACAUUUCGUAUAGAAACAAUUAUAAUUAAUGUAGUAUGUGCUUUAUAACUGAGUGAUAUGAAGUUUGACCAAUAAAAGCUCAUAAUAUUACUGUGGAGAUGGCUUGUCUGUGCACGCAUAUCUUGGGAAAUAAUUUGAUAAGUCUCAUAGACGUAUAAAGCAUCACUAUUUGGGAUUAUUUUUUACCAUAGCAUGUGAUAGGCCCUAUAGCGCUAAGCACAGAAGUUAACAAAAUAUUGUACAGUAUUGUACACUUAUAUCACAAUUAUUGUGUAUUUUUUACACUAUUUUAAUGUAAUUUUAAAACCCCCUAUUAGACUAUUAUCUAUUAACAAUUUCUUAUAAAUAUUUAAAAUUUACCACUGUUUAGUAUUAUAGUGUAAGAAUGUACUUCCAACAUGGAAUAAACUAGUAAUAUUUCGUAAUAGAAAACAUAGAAACUAUUUUUGUUUACAAUAUCACUAAAUCAAUAUUUAUCUAUACCGGACUUUUGAUUAAUCUGUGAUCUUAUACUGUUCGUUGUACAUUUUUGACACUAUUACUAUUUACAUAGAUAAUUUAGAACAAAAUGACUGAACAAUGAAAUAAACAACUGUUUGCAUUUUCUACUAUAUUUAUGCAUUUUAUACACUAGUUAUACUUAAGUGUAAGUAUACCUGCUCAACAACAAAAGUAAUAAUAACGAAGUAUGAUAUCCUUUCAACUGUUAAUUGUCAAAAUGACAUUAACGCCCCAUCUGUGAGACCAAUGACAGGACUUCUCUCACGGAUGGGGCUAUAGUGUCCGAGUC